CAUAUAAGAAUUUUUUAUUUUUGUUCAAAGUGGAUUUUAUUGAGUUUUGAUCAGUAUGUUUCACGCGCAUAAAGCGGAACGUUGCUCUCGCCGCGCCGCCGUCGUCGCACGGACACUUUCAUGAAACGGACCAAACCGAGGAGCAACUGCGAAUGAAAACACAUUUGAUUAUUUGAUUAUUAUAAUUAUUAUCGGGAGCUAUGAGGUGAUCUGUUCAUAAGCAGUCGGGGUAGAGAGCGGAGCUGCAGGUCAACAUGUGGAGGAAAAGCUCCGAAGGUUCGGACCGGUUCGAAUAUCUACAAACUCUGGUGACGGAGUUCCAGGACACGGACUGUGAAGAGGCGAAGGAGCAGGUGCUGGCGAACCUGGCCAACUUUGCGUACGACCCGACGAAUAUGGAGCAUCUGAGGCAGCUGCAGGUGACCGACCUCUUCCUGGACAUGUUGACGGAGGACAAUGAGAACUUUGUGGAGUUUGGGAUGGGAGGUCUGUGUAACCUGAGCAUGGACCCCGAGUGCAGAGAGCUCAUCUUGCAGAGCGGUGGAAUCCGCUUAGUCACCGACUGUCUGUCGAGCCAGCGAGAGGAGACCGUCUUGUCGGCCAUCACGACGCUCAUGAACCUUGCCGCGGCCCCCUCGCCGCGCUCCUCCCACAUCACCGACCCAGCCGUCCUGCAGUGCAUGCUGCGCUUCUCCCUCUCGGAGAGCCCCCGCCUGCGCAACCUGGCCACCGUGUUCCUGCGGGACUGCUGCGGCGAGGAGCAGGUGGCCCGCGCAGAGCGGCAGAUGCAGGGACAGCAGAGCGCCGUCGGCAUCCCGCUGCCCAAGGACGGCUGAGGACGCGCUCUCUGUGAGAGUGUAGCUGAUGUCCUACGCCAUGUGUGAACACAAGUAUGUGGACAACAAAACAUCACACACACGCAAGCGAGUAGUUGAGAACUUUUUGUCUGAUGUUGCCGUCGCGGUUUGGGAUCAAAAGACACUACGACAGGAAAUCUGGUCACAACCUGUCAGUUGAACUGUCUCUUCACGAGCAUUUUCAUUUCUUCACACGUGGAUUCAACCUGCUGCUGUUCGGCAUUUUCCACCAGAUGAGGGAGUUCAGUUCCGGUUUCUGACCACAGGAGGGACACCGGAGAGGUUUGUUUUGUUGAACUGAAGGAUUCUUUUUGUCGCCAUGGACCGCACAUGGUACGAGAGACGAAUAUAAUAUUAUAUGAGACAUCUACUUUUGUGGGGAAAAAAAGGGUUUCAAGUGUUCGGAGACUAGUGACUAACCUGGCCUGUAAAAACAGGCCCCACCCCUCGGGCAGGAUUAAUAUCACCACCUCAUUUCCCCAAAAAUGUACAUUCCUUUGGUUUUCAAAGCGGGCGCAUGUGUUAAUGCCACCUGGCACUCGCUUUGAAGAAUACCUAGUCCUCAAAUGUUAAAUCCAAACCCCAAAAUAUGUAGAAUUAUAUAUAUACAAAAAGUAAUAAUAAUUCAAAAUAAACCUUGAGGUUCCUCUGUGAAGAGCCAGGAGCGCCGUUUGUUUUACUUCUGGGCUCUUAAGGAGCUAUUUCUGGGCCCCGAGUCCUUCAGGUCUAGACAGACGACGACAUCCGAUGCCGCAGCGUCAGGUGAGCCGCGCGUGGAACCCGGUGCCGCAGGAAAUUCUUCACAGCUUUUUUUUUUUUAAACGUGUGCCCGUGUGAUCGUCGCUCAUUUUAAUUCGCCACAAAGUUUUAUUUUUUUUAAUCCCUGUGUGUGUGUGUGUGUGUGUGUGUGUGUGUGUGUGUGUGUGUGUGUGUGUGUGUGUGUGUGUGUGUGUGUGUGUGUGUGUGUGUGUGUGUGUGUGUGUGUGUGUGUGUGUGUGUGUGUGUGUGUGUGUGUGUGUGUGUGUGUGUGUGUGUGUGUGUGUGUGUGUGUUUCUGAAUGGAAUUCCGAGGGCUUUGUCACCAGGAUCAAUAAAAGAAAAUACCUUUGUUCUUCCGGUAAAGAGAGAGAAACACCCACGCCUGGUUUUAAUAAUGUAGUACAAAGUUUAAGCCAUGGUGUUGUACAAAAAGAAGAAUACACUGACUGUUUCUGGGUGAAGCUGUGAUGUUGUUGGGUUCACAUUUGGGUCACAACUCCACUAUUAAACAACGGGUUUGUUAAAGGGUCAGUCUGGUGUUUUUCUAGAUUUCUCCUAUCGUGGACAAAUCAUUCACAAAACUGCAAACCCUUCGAAAGUGAAGAUGUAAAAGCUUUACAGAACGGCUCACAGAUAUAAAGUUUAAAAUCAUCUUAUAGGCUGUAACAUCCCAACACAUCUUGUCACUGUGAAUCGGAUGCUUUUGUAUCUCCGAACUCUGGAAAACUGUCCGGAUAAAUGAGUCCAGAGUUUCGGGACAGUGGGAGAUCGUCGCGAGUCAGACACUCGAUCACCACAUUUGCGUUCUGACUGUACUUGUUGGAUUAAUUCAUUUGGUCUUUGUGUGAUUUGUUGGCUGUAAAAAAACUAAAACAUUCACAAUAUAAAACAUACACAAUA